AUGGCGGCCGAGGAGCUGCGGGCGCUGCUCGGCGGGAAGGGCUGGCCGGUGCCGGAGGCGGGCGGCUCCGAGCCGGCGCGCCUGCGGGGCAACGUCUGCUACGUGGUGCUGGCGGUGCUGCUCAACGAGAAGAACGAGGUGCUGGUGAUGCAGGAGGCCAAGCGCGAGUGCUACGGGAGCUGGUACCUGCCGGCCGGCCGGAUGGAGCCCCGCGAGACGGUGGUGGAGGCCGUGCGGCGGGAGGUGCAGGAGGAGACGGGGCUGCAGUGCCGGCCGCUCACGCUGCUGGCGGUGGAGGAGCGCGGCCCCGCCUGGAUCCGCUUCGUCUUCCUCGCCCGGCCCACCGGCGGGACGCUGAAGAGGCCGCGGCAGGCGGACGCGGAGUCCCUGCAGGCGCUGUGGUGGGACCGGGAGAGCCCCGCCCUGCCGCUCCGCUCGCGGGACAUCCUGCCCUUGAUGGACCUGGCGCUGCAGUACCGCGCCAGCCCCCGCCACCCCCCCGUCCUGCCGCUGGAGCUGCCCUGCGCCUCGGUUUGCCAGAGGCUCCUGCUCGUCUUCACCGGCAGCGACGACUCCUUAUGGGUGCUGCUGGAAACCACCGGGGCGCCGCACCUGCCCGUGGCGGUCAGCAGCCUGGCUCCCUCGAAGUCAGGCCAGAGGCUCCGGGCAGCCGUCCAGCCGCUGCUCCAGAAAUGCACGGCCCGGCCUGAAGCGGCCGUCCGCCUCCAGGGCUUACUCGGCCUGCAGCACCUGGGCAAGGACCCGGGGCAAAGCGACGGCGUCUGCUUCAACGUGGUGGCCACAGUCGGCAGCGACGGCCCGCAGCAGCAACAGGAGGCGGCCCCACCGGCAUUGCAGGAGCCGGCCUUCACCUGGUGGGAGGUGGAAGACGCAGCCCUGAAGAGCCAGGUGCUCCAAAGGCUUCGCACCGCUGCUUUUCUCCCCAUUUACAGUUAGCUUCUCCCAGCCGAGGGCUGCGCCAGAAAUGGAAGCCCCCCCGAGUUCUGGCUGGGAUAGCAACGCCCCGAGGCCACCGGACGCAGAGCAGGUCUGGGAUGCCUCUUUUCCAAAUGAUGCUAUUCUACCCACCCCUGCUGAAUGCAAGGUGGGCAGGGAAGACCAAGCAGUCCUGGCAGCCUUUGGUACAUUUACAGCUAUUAAUACACAGCUGAAUUAAUAAAUACAUUUAUUUCAUUGUG